UUGAAUUUCUUAAGCCAUUAUUUGAACUUUUCUCAUGCAGAAGUGUGCCAGUCCUGAAGGCUGGUUGAAUUGGUAGUCUCUCAGGAUUGUGAAGCCGUGAUUGUAGAACUCUUGAUCACUGGAGGGGGAUGUCAUAAAGUAGUCUAGUGGGUGCUGUUUCAGUUACUGUCAUGUAGAGUAACUUAGGUGAAUCUCCUCAGCAAAAAGAGGAGCAAAGUUUCCUCAUAAUAAGAGUAUGUGACAGUGAUGAUGACAAGGCUUCAGCUUUAAGUCACCCAUGGGUUUAGGUAGAGCUGUGACUGGCUGUUCUUGAGCUCACAGCAGAGCUCUUUCUUCACUAUUUUUCUUUUUAGAAGACAGUUUUAAAUUUUAUUUUUAAACAAAUUUCAUUGUGUAUAUUUAAGGUAAACAACAUGAUGUUGUAGGAUACGUGUAGAUAGUAAAAAGUUUACUAUGGUGAAGCAGAUUAAUAUAUCCAUUAUUUUACAUAGUUAUACCACUGUUUUUCUUCUCCCCAUUAUAGACAUGCCAAUAUUUAACCUUUAGAAGCCCGAGACUUAAAUCUCCCAAGAGAGCUAGACUACUGUCCAUACUUGUUACACCCUCAGCACAGCCCUGACCUUGGGAAAGGCUCAUGCAGGAUGGUUUAGGUAUAACCCACUCUGAAGCAGGGAGCAGGAAUAAGGACCUCCAGGGUCCCAUUCGUGUAGAGAGUUAACCGAUGUCACCUAGACUGUGUUACAGAAGCCAUGUGACCUACCAGUCUGUGUUCAAUGGCUUAACAAUGGAAAAUGAGGGCACAUAUUAAGAGGCAUGGCUUAGAGUGGUUAUAUAGACUUGGAGACCUAAAAACAUCUGAGAGCCCAGAAGUGCACAGCAGUAUGCAGAUGGAUGGAGAGGACUCGGCACUGCAGGUGGACAACACUCUGUUUAAAAGUUGAGAGCAGCAUGUUUUGCCUACUGAAACUCAUCCUGCUGCCAGUGUUACUGGAUUAUUCCUUGGGCCUGAAUGACUUGAAUGUUUCCCCCGCUGAGCUAACAGUCCAUGUGGGUGAUUCAGCUCUGAUGGGAUGUGUUUUCCAGAGCACAGAAGACAAAUGCAUGUUCAAGAUAGACUGGAUUCUCUCAUCAGGAGAGCAGGCCAAGGAUGAAUAUGUGCUAUACUAUUACUCCAAUCUCAGUGUGCCUAUAGGGCGCUUCCAGAACCGCGUACAGUUGAUGGGGGACAUCUUAUGCAAUGAUGGCUCUCUUCUGCUCCAAGAUGUGCAAGAGGCUGACCAGGGAACCUAUACCUGUGAAAUCCGCCUCAAAGGGGAAAGCCAGGUGUUCAAGAAGGCGGUGGUACUGCAUGUGCUACCAGAGGAGCCUAAAGAGCUCAUGGUCCGCGUGGGUGAAAUGAUUCGGAUGGGAUGUGUUUUCCAGAGCACAGAAGUGAAACACGUGACCAAGGUAGAAUGGAUAUUUUCAGGACGGCGCGCAAAGGAGGAGAUUGUGUUUCGUUACUACCACAAACUGAGGAUGUCCGUGGGGUACUCCCAGAGCUGGGGCCACUUCCAGAAUCGUGUGAACCUGGUGGGGGACAUUUUCCGCAAUGACGGUUCCAUCGUGCUUCAAGGAGUGAGGGAGUCAGAUGGAGGAAACUACACCUGCAGUAUCCACCUAGGGAACCUGGUGUUCAAGAAAACCAUUGUGCUGCAUGUCAGCCCAGAAGAGCCUCGAACACUGGUGACCCCGGCAGCCCUGAGGCCUCUGGUCCUGGGUGGUAAUCAGCUGGUGAUCAUCGUGGGAACUGUCUGUGCCACAAUCCUGCUGCUCCCUGUUCUGAUAUUGAUCGUGAAGAGGACCUGUGGGAAUAAGAGUUUAGUGAAUUCUACAGCUUUGGUGAAGAACACGAAGAAGACUAAUCCAGGGAUAAAAGAAGAACCCUGCUAUUUUGAAAGCUGUGAAGGGGAGAAAAACAUUUACUCCUCAAUAAUUAUACGGGAGGUGAUCGAGGAAGAAGAACCAAGUGAAAAAUCAGAGGCCACCUACAUGACCAUGCACCCAGUUUGGCCUUCUCUGAGGUCAGAUCGGAAAAACUCACUUGAAAAAAAGUCAGGUGGGGGAAUGCCAAAAACACAACAAGCCUUUUGAGAAGGAUGGAGAGUCCCUUCAUCUCAGCAGCAGUGGAGACUCCCCUGUGUGUCCUGGGCCACUCUACCAGUGAUUUCGGACUCCCGCCCUCCCAGCUGUCCUCCUGUCUCGUUGUUUGGUCAAUGCACUGAAGGUGGAGAGUUUGGAGCCUGGCAGAGAGACUGGACAGCUCUGGAGGAACAGGCUCUGGUGAAGGGAGGGGAGCAUGGACUUGGCCUCCAGAGUGGGACACUGGCCCUAGGAACCAGGCUGAGCUGAGUGGCCUCAAGGCCCCCACUGGAUCAGACCCUCCUGUUGGCAGUGUUCUUAGGGUAUGAGUUACUGGGAAGAAUCAGAGAUAAAAACCAACCUAAAUCAUU